AUGACCGCAAUCAGACCGCAUCGUGCUCCAUACCAUGCAACACGGCACGCGCCAAUCGCAACUCUCUUCGUCGUCAUCGCGCUCGCCUUACAAGCACACGCUGCCAGUUUCACGAUUUCUCGACCAGCUACCGACAACCCCCGUGGCAGAAAACUAGGAAAUAUGCCGACACCGCGGCCCGCGGAUCCACGUCGCGCCGCGCCGAUGCGCAGCAGAGGCUUGCACGAGCUGGGCGUGCGGGAGCAGGAGACCCUCCUAUCGGGCACUAUCAUUAUCGAGCAACCGGAAUCCGCCAUUGGCGCGGUCGAGAUUUACGUUGACGACGGCAUGCACGCUGAAGGUCGCAACGCAGUCGCCGUCAGUCGCAGCGCUGUCGCCAAUGAUCGCGGUUCUUCAAAUCCUGUCGCAACGGCUCGCAAUUCCCCGGUUUCCGCUUCCGCCAGCUCGCUCGAGUCCCUCGCGUCGCCCGCUGCCCGCCCCCUCGAUGUUUCCGCUCUCGCCGCGGAGGCUAGCGACAAUGCGGCUGGCGCAGCGGCGGGGGCUGGCGACGUUUCGACGACGUGCGACAUCAGCGACGGAAUGUGGGAGGCGGAUGCGAACCGACCGCUGUAUUCCAGUCUUGAAUGUCCGUUUAUUCACGCUGCGACGCAGUGCGACGCGCACGGGCGGCCCGAUAAAGGGUACCAGAAGUUGCGGUGGCGACCGACACGCGACAAUUCGACGGGUGACGACGGUACGACGGCGGCAGGCGGCGGCUGCGACGCGAUGCCGCAGCUGACGACGAAGAGCGCGUGCGAGCUGAUGCGAAACAGGAACGUCGCGUACAUUGGGGAUUCGAUCGUACGCAACCAUUUCAACUCGCUCGCGUGUAUCAUGUUCGGUACGCAAGGCGAACCCGAGGUCCUGGGCAGCCAUCCGUACGCGCAAGUGUACCACUGGCCGAGUUGUAACGCCACGGUGGCGUUCUACUGGAGCCACUUUCUCGUGAACCUCACCCUGAUCGACCAGCACGUGUUCAACACGGGCGGCGAGCUCGACCUAGAGAAUCCCGACGACUGGUGGUUCCGGCACUAUAACGAACACGACAUAUUCGUUAUAAGCGCGGGGCAGUGGUGGUCAUCGGUGCGCAUCCAAGGCAAGAACAUCCACUUCGCGAGCCCGAACACCGACUUGCCGCUAUUUGACGCUUACCAAACCGCGCUUUUCUCUGUCCUGCGUCCGUUCGAAGACGUCAGCAGUACCGGCAAGCAGGUAGUUUUGACGCUCGUGCCGCCCACGCACGGGUUUCACGGCAGCUGUUCCGCCACGCAGCCGGUUAGCGCGGAGGCCGCGCGCUCGAAGGAUUAUCCCGAGGCGAAAUACAACGUCCUUCUCGCUGACCAGCAACAGCAGUCCCUGUCGCCAGCAGCAGUCCCUGUCGCCAGCAGCAGUCCCUGUCGCCAGCAGCAGGCCCUGUCGCCAGCAGCAGGCCCUGUCGCGGCGACACCACGUAAGGCCAGCAGCUGCAGCCCCUGGUGCCAGCACGCCAGCAGCGACACUCCCAGACGCCAGCAGCGAUACUCCCAGACGCCAGCAGCGACACUCCCAGACGCCAGCAGCGACACUCCCAGACGCCAGCAGCGAUACUCCCAGACGCCAGCAGCGAUACUCCCAGACGCCAGCAGCGCGCCGAUGGCUCUGUUCAGCUCGGGUGUACCGCUGCAGGGAGGAGGGGUGGGACUACAAAUUCUCCUGGCGGCCAGUUCAUCAUCCAUUGUCAUCCGAGCUGCCAAUCUAGUGGUGGGCGUGGGCUUUCCAGUCUUCCGCUCGUUUAAAGCCAUUGAGGAAGGCUCUCAGGCGGAUCGGAAUAGAUGCCUUGCUUACUGGUCGGUGUACGGUUGCUUUCGGGUAGUGGAGACAAUCACCGACAGGAUCAUAUCGUGGCUACCCUUUUAUCAGCACUUGAAGCUGCUCCUCUUGCUCUGGUUGCAGCUGCCCUCCACCUCCUCCUCCCGCCCUGCCACGGGUGCAGGGCGGCUGUACGCUAGUCACCUGAGGCCCGUGCUGCUGCGGUACCGGCGGCACAUUGAUGGGGCGCUUGUUAGCAUCGACCGCUGCAUGGCGUCCUGGUUCCACGCUCACCAGGAGGAGCUCUCUGCUGCAGCACGCAUGGCCCAGUCUGCAACCAGGGCAGCUCUUACUGCUUUGGACUCUGCAGUUUCAGCAGCUGCUGCUGCCCUCCCACCCCCUGCUGCUGAUGGCCCUCCUGCAGAUGCUGAUGCCAGCAAUGAUGUCACUGAUGAUAUCAGCGGAUCCAACAGGGACGGUGCUGGGCUGCAUGACGUGGCAGUCGCAGUGUUGCUCCGCUCCGCACGCAGCGAUUUACGUCUGCGCUCGAUCUUCUGCUGCAGUGCAGCGGGAAUCCGCUCGGCUGCAUGCAGCCAUUGGAGCCACGUGAUUUGCCGCGUCCCCAGUCAUAAAGACAAUGACUGCAAGGCUCUCGUGGCGCGCUUUUCCUUGACCGCGCUUUCAUCUCCGCGCGUCGCUCUGCUGCGUGGCGCUGCUGAAUGA